GACGUCAGUUGUCCAGCCGCUCUACCUACUCGUGUUUGUUAUGAGGUGGACUGGAGAUGUGUUUUUCGUUACGGUUGUAUUGUUGAUUGCCCACAUAUUAGCAGUUAAACGUACUCAGGCGGAUCAAAGUAAUACUUUAUUCAUCGGCUCCAUAUCCGUUCGCGACAAGAACCAUUUCCGUUCGGUUUUCGAAAGACAAAUAAAUGAGUCUCCAUCUGAUGCUUCCAAAGUUUAUCAUGCCAUACUUGGUCUUCAUUCCCUUGGUGAACGGGUUCCUAACCCAGAUGGUGCUUGUUCCUCACUGAACAAACCUAUUACCAACCCAGAAGAAGCACUUUAUGUGAGUGCGGGUCACAAACUCAUUGGCUCUUCAAAGUGUAAGGUAUCAAUUUCAGAGGUCGAGAAGUUGUCCAAACAGUUGUUGACUGAAGAUAUAUCAAUUGAAAAUCUGUUUUACCUUGUUUCAUCUAUGAAAAAUCUGAAUAUUAAAAUUGAUGCUAGCCAUGUUUUGUCAGUAAUUAACAAAAUUAAAGACAAAGAUACCAGCCCAAUGACGUAAGUGGUUUUUUCAUUAAUUUAAAACAUUUAAUAUAAUUAUUUUGUGAUUAAAUACCAUAACCUCUUCCAUAUUCUUGACUUGAACAUACUAUAAGACAGUUAGUGUAACUCUGCUAUUCGAAGUUAAUGUGUCGAGAAUUCGUACUCAUCUGCUGUCUUAGAUAUUCAAUAUAUAUUCAACCAGUUACGAGUGUAUAUUUACGGGCAAAAUUAAAUUGUAAUCUGUUUUCCAUCCGUUUUGUCACUAAGCAUUAACCCCAAAUGCAGAGUUCACUAUUCCUCUCGAAAUGCUCUCAUAUGGUCACGCAUAUAUGGCCACUACCAGGGAAGUCCUACUCACCGCCUUCUUGUGGCAGUAUCGUUUAUGAAACUGAGAGGACAAAAAGCGAAUGAUAAUAAGCAUCGUAGUCGUUCUGUAAAUCACCGAUUACUUGUUAACUUGAAACUCACUUGCAGUGUCUGAAUUUUUUUCACAUAAGGUUCCUAAGUUGAUGUUGAAUUGCUAAUUUUAUCUCAAUUUCCUGUCACCUCUUUGGUGUAUAUAAAGAAAAACUUAUUUCGGCGUUGAAGACCUAUCUAGUUAGCAGCUUCCAGUACUUCUUAUAUUAUGUGUAUCUUGUACUUUUUCUACUAAAAUUGGUUCCAAUUUUUAGGUUAAGUUUCGUUUUACAAAUCUUGUCACAAAUUGGACUGACGAAGUCAAAUAUAAGUGGCCACGUAUCUAGUAUAGAUAAUGUUUUGGAACAAGCAAAUGAAAUAAGUGAUAAUCGGCUGUUUGUAAGUUACCUUUUUUUCAAUGUUCAUUCUUGUUAUGUCCUAUGUUGCCAAUCAGAAUAUCGACUUCUGUGACCUGAUCCCUGUAUUAAACCAGUAGUGCGUCAAAACAGCGCUAACAACUUUGAACCAACUCUGAGUCCUUAUUGGUCCUCUGUAUGGUAUCUUCUCGCCUAGCCCAGACCGUUCAGUGCAGAACAUGAACAUCAGCCUUCGUCGUUUGAAUAAUAUAUUUCAAACAUACGUGGUUUAUAUACAAGCAAACCAGACCAAAUCACACCAUAAAAUGAAAACUAACAACUAUAGGAGAUCAAACCAAAAGUGGACACGACUAUAGGAGACUGUAGCCAAUAGAUCAAAUGCAAGCUUAUGAUAAAAGGAAUGUAAAUAUUACGUAUAAUCCAGUUACUUAAUAAGUAUCUCCAAGAAUAUGCAAUAAUAGUUCAUAAACAAUUCCUAGUAGUUACUAUUCAUUUAUUCUUUCGGAUGUAACAACUGUAAUGCUGUAGCUAAGUGAUCCACGAAGUUCAUGUGCGUAUCACAAGACCUUAGGUCUACCACAACUAUGUAUUGUUCUAAGUUGAUGCUUUUCAUUUUAUGGUGACUGAUCGUUGAAGACGUUAGGUAACAUUAGUCAAAAUCGGUAGUAAUGGCCUAAAUGUAUCCACUCUUUGUUUCACCUUAAAUCCUACGUUUUAAACUUGUCUUGUAUCUUUUAUCUGAUAGAUUAGUUCUCCGAUAGUAUUGUGUAUGUAUAGCUGAUUCUACUGUUAAUUAUAUUAUAGUUACUACUUUGGUAUUCAUUUUACUAGUUUCUUGCUGUACUGAUGAGGUGCAGCAACUUCAGUUGAUGCACAUUUGUUCCAGACUACGUUUGUCAUAACUAAUAGAAUUCCAAAACAACGUGAAGAAAUUGAGUUAGAACCUUUAACCACUAAAUCGAAGCUCCUGAAACUUCAAUUCCCUCUGUAUUACUAGUCAUUUACAUGAGUUCAGAUAUAUGCCGAAUCUAGUUACCAUGAUUUUUUGAGCUACCGUCUUUUCAAUGCAUAGAAUUCCAGCCUUCGGAUUUUACAAGUCAAGUUAAAAAUUUCCGUAUAAUGUGUAGAACUGAAUUACUAGUUUUUAUUUUUCAAAGCAGUUACUUAACCAUUGAGUUUCAACCUGAUUUCUGUGUGACUUUUACAACUUUCCCGUAACCUCACCAUCUUAAGUUACGACUGUAUCCUGUUAAAUCUAAGUAAUAGCGGAUAAUGUUCACAUUAUUGGAUGUAAAAGGGUCACAUGAACUGCUUACAUAGUAUUAUCUACCGAUACUAGAACUACCAAGAAAACAGUUUGUUAUAUAGUCCUGGAGAUACUUAGCUCUUUACUACAGUUUCCUGUCAUUAUUCUCAUACAUUGCCUCUUGGUGCUUCCCCCUCACUGUAGCGAUUUGAACUUGGAACGAUAUGACCAUCGAUCAGAUCUUGGGUUACUUCCGUUUUUGCUAACUAUCAUCUGUUGAUAUGUUGUUGAUUGAAUGGAUGAAGUUCCACAGCUUGUAUGUUUUAUUCGACAUUGCUUUGGACGUUUCUUUUUAUGCUUCUGUCGUAAUGAAUUUCUGUUUUCACGUAGAUAAGUCUACUUUGUUUGAUUAUUAUAAAACCCAGUAUUUCAUUGAAUAAAGAAUUUUUAUUCAUGCUAUUCCCAUGAGCUUGUGUUUGUUUUAACAACAUUCUUUUUUAGUAUGAAAAAGGCUUAUAUACAACGUCAUUCGUUGCAAAAAGUAUUAUUGACUUCCUUACUGCAUACGGAGAGGUUCCAAACAGUGUUGAGAACAAACUGGUCAAAUUGUUCAACCAUCUCUACACACGUCGUCAGACCACCAAUAUACGUGCUUCUGCUUACUUGGUUGCUGCUUUCAAAUCACUAACUGAUAGUCCAUUACUGUUGCCUGUUGUAAUUGAAUCAUCAGUUAAGAGCAAUGAAGAUUUGGGUCUUUCCAUUCCUCCAACCCUAUCAAUCGAUCAAACCCAUCCUAUUUUAGAUCUACGUUUAAAGCAUAUUUGGACUGAUAUCUAUUUUAAACCUAGUGAAUUCAAUCUCAAAGCCCAUGGUGUUUAUGCAAUCAAGCGACCUACUGGUGAUCGUAUUUUAAGCAGUUCAUCUGAUCUGGGCGCUUUCAAACAAGAUGAUAAAAACAAUGCUUUCCAGCUUACUUUGGAUUUGGAUAAAAAAACUACCCCAGGAUAUUAUGAAUUAGAUGUAACUGCUACACCAGGUAGUAAAAAGACAAAUGGUCGUCAAAAACUCCUUGGAAUAACUAAUGUCCAGAUUCCCUUACGUAUAAUUACAGAAGCAAAAGUUGCUCAAACUACCAUAACUAUCAUGGAUUCUGCACGUGAACACCAUGUUGCUGACAUCAGUUUAACACCUGAAAAGACGUAUAAAGCUUCAACCGCUUCCGGAGCUAUCACUUUAGAAAUUGGUCAACAAAUAUCAAUAGAUUUAAAUAUUGUAGACAGUAAACAAAUCUCAUUGACAGCACAUCAAGUGUUCAUUCAGUUAACUCAUCAGAAAACUCAACAAGCUAUCACUUACACUUGUACUGAAACAAUUACAGAUAAAAAAUCCGAAAAGAAAAGUUACAAAUUACUCCUCGAUCCAGACUCGUCUGCAGCCGAAUUCGACUACCUUUCAGGGAUAUAUAAAGUCGACCUAAUUGUUGGUGAUUCAUCAAUCAAAGCUCCAAUCCUUUGGCACAUGUUUGACUUAGACCUUCGAUUCGUUGGUGAAGCCGGUGAUAAAACUAAGCUUCGUAUCGCUCAGGCUACUGAUAUUUCGCGUCAAGAAUCAUCUUCUCCAGCUGGUUCCAGACGUGCAUUUACCCCAAAUGCAAUCAUUGGCUCUGGGCCGACAACCGCCAAGCCAGAAAUUGAUCAUGUGUUUCGCGCUCCGGAAAAACGUGCACCUCCUUUCUUGGCUCUUACAUUUACAAUUCUUUGUCUACUUCCAUUACUUGGAUUAAUUAUAGCCUGGUCAGUUAUUGGCUUCAAUAUCUCCAACUUUAAACUUUCUAUCUCCAAUAUUAUUUUCCACGCCGGUCUAAUAUCCAUUUGUUAUCUCUACUUCGUCUACUGGUGCCGUUUAGAUAUGUUCACAACUCUAAAAUACUUGAGUAUAUUAGGUGUGCCAACAUUUUUAGCUGGUCAUAGAGUUCUUCGAGCACAAGUUAUUGCUAAACAACAACAAACUGUCAGUAGUACACAAUCGUUAAAUGUAAAAAAGUGAUUUGCAUACAAUUGUGAAACCCAUUAAUUUAAUAGUAAUUACUGUUUUUCAUUUUCUGUUUUGUUUAUAAUUAGUCUUUAUUAUUUUAUUAUUGAAUAGUAAUGUGAAGAGCUCUGUAAUAAUGUGUGUGUACGUUAAAAAAAAAACUGUGUUCAUUUUGUCUAAUAUUCCCAUCCCUUUCCAAUCCCAUUAAGACGUUGUAUGUUUUUUGUUUAUUAAAAGAAAUAAAUUUGUCUGGAUAUUUAUUUUUUGUUCUUUUAAACUGUACUUGUUCCAUUCGAUAUACAUACUAUAAUGUCAUCUAUUACAACCUAGUAUCCUUGGACACCUCAUUCCACUCGACCGAAUUCAAAUAAGGAAACAACUUGAAAAAUGAAACGUAAAUAUAUAUUCCAAAGUAAGCAGCAAAUUAAUUAUAAUUUAGAAAAUUCUUGGUGUAUUUAUAAAAUUUAAACAGGA